AUGAUGAUAGCAUUGAUUCGGAGGAAGAGGUUUAUGGUGGAAGGUAUUCGCUGGAUUCUUCACCCCAGGACCCUCGAGUACCGAAUGGUGCUCCUGGGAGAUAUGGGAACCUCCCUCAUAGGGCGCCGCGGUAUGGAAGUGAUUAUACUUACUCGGAGGUCAGUUCUUCAAGGGAGACACUGGUUGGGAGAAAUGGUUUUGUUAGGGAUCCUUUGUUGAGGGGUGUGAGGAAAGUAAUGCAUAGUGGAUUUACCGAGGAUGAAUCGUCGGAUUCUGCAGCCAGCUCUGAAUUCUCUACCACUCAGGUAGGAAGUAUCAAUGGUGCUGUGCCGAGAAAUAGAGCAUCAGAAGGUUACGCUUCUAGUGUGCCUUCAAGGAUGAACACGCAAAGUGCUGCAGAAAAGAAUGGAAGAGGGUCCGAUGAUGAUGACGACAUUCCUAGUGCACCCCCGUUUUGCGGAGCUGCUCCAGAGAUUAGACAAGUACAUGAGAAAAUUGCCACUUCUGGUGUACAUGCUAUUCCACUUAAAGCAGAAUCAAGUACUUUGAAAUCCAUGUCUGAGGAUACAAAAGAGAACAUUGGAGUUGAGUCUGACCAGUUUGUUAGAAACGCUCCUAGUUCAGAGGCUGCUGCUUCGUCAAAUUCACAGCCAGCUCGUAUACCAACCUUUCAUGCAAGCGCCCUUGGACCGUGGCAUGGUGUGAUUGCAUACGACGCUUGUGUUCGCCUUUGCCUCCAUGCUUGGGCAAUGCAGUGCAUGGAAGCUCCUAUGUUUCUAGAAAAUGAAUGUGCUUUACUUAGGGAUGCAUUUGGAUUGCGGCAGGUAUUAUUACAGUCGGAGGAUGAACUAAUGAUGAAGAGCAAAUCAGAGCCUUCCAGUGAGGGUGUUGCUCCCAAACCAAAAAAGCUUAUUGGCAAGAUGAAGGUGCAAGUACGUAGAGUAAAAAUGGGCUUAGACCCGCCAACUGGCUGUAGCAUGUCAUCGUUUGUGACGGAUAAACUUAAAAUGGAAUCUGUGCGACAUCGCUUCUCUAGUUUUCAGUUGUCACUAUCUUCUGGAUGGCAAUCACUCAAAAGAAUUCGAUUUGCACCCCGUUUGCCUGCAAAUGGUUCCUUUGCACGACAAAGCUUGGCAUAUGUUCAUGCUAGUACCCGUUACCUACAGCAAGUGUCUGGACUCUUGAAAGUUGGUGUGACGACUCUACGGAACAAUUCAACGUCCUAUGAAGCUGUGCAAGAGACGUACUCUUGUUUUCUAAGACUGAAGAGCACAGCAGAGGAAGAUUCCAUUAGGUUGCAGCCUGGAUCCAGUGAAUCCCAUAUGUUUUUCCCGGAUAGCCUUGGAGAUGAUCUGCUUGUUGAAGUUCAAGAUUCCAAAGGAAAGCAUUUUGGCCGUGUUCUUGUCCAAGUGGCUACUGUAGCUGAUGAUCCGGCUGACAAAUUACGCUGGUGGCCGAUUUAUCGUGAGCCUGGCCAUGAGCUUGUGGGCAAGAUACAACUGUAUAUACUUUAUUCAACAAGUGCAGAUGACAAUAGUCAUCUUAAGUGUGGUUCUGUAGCAGAGACAGUAGCAUAUGACGUAGUUUUAGAAGUUGCAAUGAAAGUUCAGGGCUUUCAGCAAAGGAAUCUGUUGCUACAUGGUCCUUGGAAAUGGCUUUUGACCGAGUUUGCAUCUUAUUAUGGUGUGUCUGAGAUAUAUACUAAGUUGAGAUAUCUAUCUUAUGUCAUGGAUGUGGCUACACCAACAGAAGACUGCCUUAACCUGGUGUAUGAUCUGCUAACACCGGUUCUCAUGAAGGGAAAUGGCAAGACUUCUUUAAGCCACCAAGAGAAUCGUAUACUAGGAGAGACCAAGGAUCAAAUUGAGCAGAUACUCACUCUUGUUUUUGAGAAUUACAAAUCACUUGACGAAUCAUCUUUUUCGGGCAUCGUAGAGGUUUUCAGACCGGCAUCUGGCCAUGCAGCGCCUGCCUUGGAACCUGCCGUUAAGCUCUACAAGCUUCUUCAUGACAUCUUAUCCCCCGAGGCUCAAACUGCUUUCUGCCAUUAUUUCCAGGUUGCUGCAAAAAAGAGGGCCAGAAGGCACCUGACUGAAACAGAUGAAUAUAUUACAAACAGUAAUGAAGGCGCUCUGGUGGAUAGUGUGACUAUGUCAACUGCGUAUCAGAAGAUGAAGUCCCUAUGCAUAAACUUUGGAAAUGAGAUUCAUACCGAUAUCCAAAUUCAUAAUCAAAAUAUACUUCCAAGCUUUGUGGACCUGCCAAAUCUCUCUGCAUCAAUAUACAGCACUGAGCUUUGCAGUAGAUUACGAGCUUUCCUCAUAUCUUGUCCACCAACAGGUCCGGCAUCACCGGUAGCUGACCUUAUUAUCGCAACAUCAGAUUUUCAAAGGGAUCUUAAUAGCUGGAAUAUUAGUCCUAUCAAAGGAGGUGUAGAUGCAAAAGAGUUAUUCCAUUUGUAUAUUCUUGUCUGGAUCCAAGACAGACGCCUAUCUUUGCUCGAGUCGUGCAAAUUAGAUAAGGUGAAGUGGUCAGGAGUUAGAACACAACAUUCUACUACUCCUUUUGUCGAUGACAUGUAUGAGCGGCUGAAGGAGACAUUGACAGACUAUGAGGUCAUAAUUUGCCGAUGGCCAGAAUAUACCUUGGUCUUAGAGAAUGCCAUCGCUGAUAUUGAGAAAGCUAUAGUGGAAGCUUUAGACAAACAAUAUGCAGAUGUACUGUCUCCUCUCAAGGAUAGCAUUGCUCCCAAGAAAUUUGGGCUGAAAUAUGUCCAGAAACUCGCCAAACGGAACACAUGUGCAUAUGUUGUUCCUGAUGAGCUUGGAAUUCUUUUGAAUUCAUUGAAGAGAAUGCUGGAUGUAUUGCGUCCGAGGGUAGAAUCUCAGUUCAGGUCGUGGGGUUCGUGCUUGCCGAAUGCUGGUAACACAGCACCUGGUGAGCGACUUAGUGAAGUGACGGUGAUGCUGAGGGCCAAGUUCAGGAAUUACGUGCAAGCUAUUGUUGAGAAACUCGUGGAGAAUACAAAGCUACAAAAUACCACAAAAUUGAAGAAAAUUCUUCAAGAUUCAAAGGAAACUGUGGUCGAAUCUGAUUUAAGAGGAAGAAUUCAGCCCUUGAACGAGCAGUUGGCUAGUACCGUAAGUCACCUACACAGCAUCUUCGAGACUCAUGUCUUCAUUGCCAUCUGUCGAGGGUAUUGGGAUCGUAUGGGACAGGAGAUUUUGAGUUUCUUGGAGAAUCGAAAAGAGAACAGGUCAUGGUACAAAGGUUCAAGGGUAGCUGUUUCUGUCUUGGAUGACACCUUUGCGUCGCAGAUGCAGCAACUUCUUGGAAACGCGUUACAAGAGAAGGAUCUAGAGGCACCUCGAUCUAUCAUGGAAGUUCGAUCCAUGCUGUGCAAGGAUGCCCCAAAUCACAAGGACAACACUUUUUACUAUUAAGGCAUAAAAAAAAUGUAAAUAGGAUGAGAGGAAUGAACGCACACCAAGGGUUAUAAAGGAUAAAAAAUGGUUACCAAUUUUUGUAACAGGAGCAUGAAACUCAUGCUCCUUGGAAAAUGAUUUAAUUUCCUCUUAAAAUGAUUCAUAAUGUUACCUUUUUCAACAUAUGGUAUAUACACAGUACUUUAUUCAUUGUAAUAUUUUUAUAGCAA